UUAUCUGAAUGAAAUGAUUGAUAAACAGAAACUUUGCUAUAUCUUCUAUUAUCUGGAUCUAGAAAAGAUCGAUUGUUUAUCAUUCCCAUCAAUUAUCUUAAACAAAACAAUACGAACACAUUUUACAUUUUUGUUUCUGCACUUAGAAUGUUCUACUUAAAGAAAAGAAAGAUAGAGUUUGAAGUCAACGGCUCAUCCUUUUAUGAAGUUUAACGGACGUACUUUUGUAUAUUGUUUAUUGUUUCAAGAGCAUCAGAAAAGCAACGAGUCUGUCAUACAUUCACCAGGAUUAUGUAAACAUACUUAAACUUAUUAGUUUUUGGAUAAUUUUUAAUAAAAAAAAUCAUUUUCUGGUGUAACUGAAUCGCUUCUUUCUUGUGAUUUCGUAUCAUAUUUACAUCUCUUAUAUUGAAUGUCAACUUGUACAAAGAUUGGGCUAAUAAAACUUGAUGACAUAUAUAGGAAAAUCCCGCAGUGUUUAAUGAGAAAACGACAACAACAGUAAACAGAAAUUGAUAUUCCAUAUUGGUAUUUGUGUAUGCAAUAAUCCCGAGUCAAUACUAAUAAAGGGAUACUGGUAAUCAUAGCAAGUUUAUUCAAAGGUACAGAAUGGUAUAAUGAUAAAGUAAUGGAAAGAAAUAAAGACUCAUAACCAGGAUACAGUAGUUUAUCGAUCUUUAAAUCUCGUCAAUCGAUUAAAAGGAGAAUAAUCAUGGUAACAAUGAAAACACCGAAAGAAUCAAAAGGAGCGAGACCUAGUACGUCGACAAGGUCAGUGUCUCACCGUCUAGCUUGCUAUUAUGACAGCAUCCCUUCGACGAUGUUUUUCCUGUUAAAAAUUAUCUUCACAAGCAGAAAAUAAUUCUAAACAGGAAAUGGGCACAAAUGUCCUGUUUAUGUGCGUAAUGAUAUUAAUACCUGAAGUCUCAUAUGGUAGUUCAAACUGGCAAUACGGUGCUAUAUUAGACGCCGGAAGUAGUAGUACAAAAUUGAAAAUCUAUCGAUGGCCUCCUAGAACUUCUUUAGAUUCUGUCCUAGACAUCAAACAAGUGGGUAAAAGUGAAAAAUAUUCUCCUGGAAUUUCAGACUAUGUGGAUAAAUUGGGAAAUAUUAGCAAUUACAUUGGAGAGAUGAUUGAAAGAGUGAAGGAAAUUAUACCUAAAAAUAUCCACAGUACUACAUCUUUAUACCUAUUAGCAACAGCAGGUUUACGCGUCCUUCCAGAAGACGAUGCAAGCAAUUUAAUGAAGUCGAUUCGAAAUGUUCUUCAAAACAAGACAUUAAAUCCAUUUGUUUUUAAUCCUUCAAAUGUGAAAAUUUUAUCUGGAGAAGAAGAAGGCGUGUUUGCCUGGAUAACCAUCAACUACCUCAAGGAUUAUUUUGGUUCUGAUAGACCUCAAUCACAGGCAGUUGGUGUUUUAGAAAUGGGUGGUGGAUCAACACAAAUUGUAUUCCUGCCUGAUGGUCCCUUGUUAGCCAACAUGUUUCAGGUCCGUAUAGCAGGGAAAAGAUACAGUCUCUAUGCACAUAGUUAUUUGUUUUACGGACAGGAUUAUAUGAUCUUCAGAAUAAGAAGACACAUCAUACAGCAAAGUCCUCGGUCGUCAUCUCUUCAGAAUCCAUGUAUGUUAACAGGAGAUAAAACAGAACUGAUAUAUGAAGGAGAUACAAAAACGUUCAUUGGAGAAGGAAAUCCAUCAAAGUGCCUUACCAUUAUCAAUUCCUUCCUUAAAAGUGCCGCCGACGAUAUGUGUUAUCCAAAACCUUGUGCAAUUGGACGUACAUAUCAGCCUUCAAUAGGAACGGACAAUUUCUAUGCUGUAGCAGCCUUUACAUAUGCACCACAUUCACUGAAAACAGUAGAUUCUUCAGGGAAACUUAAUAUUAGUCUACUCAAUGAUACAGCGUUUAACUACUGUCAGAAGACUUUAACCGAUGCAACUACAAAUACGUCUAUCUCAGAAAAGUACGGUUCAGCAUAUUGUCUGAUGGGAUUAUAUAUCCCAGCAUUAUUAUCUGAAGCAUAUGGAUUUACUUCAGAAACUCAAAAAAUUACAUUGAUCCAAAAAAUUAAUGAUAUAUCAGUUGAUUGGACAUUGGGAGCAAUUGUAUACGAAACAGAGGUGUUUGAAACCAAAUGUGGCACUUCCGCAGGACAUAUCUCAUAUCCUGACAUUUGUUUUAUAAAUAUUUUGCUUUUAUUAACGUAUCUGAUAGAUAGAUGAUAACAGACAAUUCUUUUAUUAGUUUCUAUAUAAUUGUAUUAUUUGUAAUUGUAGUCUGUAAAUAGAAUUAGAAAUGUAUAUGAAUUAUUAAACUUUACACUUUCAUACAUAACUAUCAAAUAAAAUAUAUGCCUAUCCUA